GGAUAUAAUUUUUGCGAGCCGCUUUGCUUAGACAAGGACGAAGAAAGCACACAAAAAUGGUGUCGGGAUCAGGCAUAUGCUCGAAGCGCGUGGUCGUGGACGCGCGGCACCACAUGCUGGGGCGUCUGGCGUCGAUCGUGGCCAAGGAGCUGCUCAACGGGCAGAAGGUGGUCAUCGUGCGGUGCGAGGAGAUUUGCCUCUCCGGUGGACUUGUCCGACAGAAAAUGAAGUACAUGAGGUUCCUUCGCAAGCGUAUGAACACUAAGCCUUCUCACGGCCCCAUUCACUUCCGUGCUCCCUCCAAAAUCUUCUGGCGCACUGUUCGCGGUAUGAUUCCACACAAAACGAAGCGUGGAGCUGCUGCGCUUGCACGCAUGAAGGUUUUCGAAGGUGUGCCUCCACCAUACGACAAGGUCAAGAGGAUGGUUAUCCCCGAUGCUCUCAAGGUGUUGAGGCUUCAAGCUGGUCACAAGUACUGUCUGUUGGGUCGCCUUUCUUCUGAAGUCGGGUGGAACCACUACGACACCAUCAAGGAGCUGGAGACGAAGAGGAAGGAGAGAUCUCAAGUGGUUUACGAGAGAAAGAAACAACUUAACAAACUUAGAGCCAAGGCUGAGAAGGUUGCCGAAGAGAAGCUCGGUGCACAGCUCGAAAUUCUUGCACCUGUUAAGUAUUGAAGAGGAGAUCAUCAUCAUCAUCACUAGUUGUGUUCUCUGUCUUCGCAUGUUUUUGAACCGACCCAUUAUACUUUAUCAUUACUUAGGGUGUUGUAUGAGAUUUUGUCCUGAUAUUAUCUUUCUUGAGUUCCAAUUUAUUUCUACUCCAACU